CGCCCCAGCCUCGAAUCCCCUGUCCCGUCUGCCACAUCUUCCAGAGAGACUAUUGACAUCCCAACGGACCCGUCCUUGGUGCCCAUCACGACAAUCACCGUUCUCCCAGACACGCCACCCAAAGCCCCCAUCACUACAACGAUAGUGACCUCAACGCGUCUUGAAGAUGGGAGGUUUAUCGAAACUUCUAUGAUAAGCACCAUUCAUAGUACUACCGAAGACGAUGGCCCCUUGAUGCUUUAUACGAUAACGAAAUCGGACUCGCACGGCUUGCCAACUAGGACGGAGACCUUCCUCGCGCAAAGGAUCUCGAGCACCUCAAUCUUGACCGACGCGCAGGGGAACCCUACGUCACGAUGACCAUUUCCGCCUCCACGUAUUACGACAAAAACGGCGUCGCGACCCUGACGCAGACCAUACUCGUCCCGCUCGCGCUGCCGACAAUGACGAGCACCUUCAUCGUCGCGCCGCCGGCGCCGACAAUCGGCCGGCAGAGCAAGCAGACCGUGCACGUCGCCACUAUCCCCGACGGCACCUACUUCCUCGGGCUCAUGCUCCCCGCCUGUGUGGCCGUCGCCGUUUCCGUCCUCGCCCGCGUCCUCCACCAGACCGCGAAGUUGUACCAUCCCUUUCACGCGCUCGCCUCGUCGACCCGCGGCGCGCUCGCCCCCGACACCGUGUGCUUCCAGACCGCCGGCGCGUGGUGGGUCCCAGCGGCAGAUGUGCGCCGCCUGCUGCGCGGCCGGGGCGUCCCGCUACUGCCUCUGACCGGCCUACUCGUGCUACUGGCCGCGGUUCUCGUGCCUCUGAGCUCGGACACGGUCGGCAUCGUGCUCGAGGGGCCCGAGUGCGCGCCGGCGGACCAGGGCCGGGAUGCGCUGCGCUGCGAGAUGGUGCUCGCUGUGCGCUCCGUCGCGGCACAGCUUGUCGUCGCCGUCCUCGUGUCGAUGGCGGCCCUCGUCGGCGCCGCCGCCCUCGUCCUACGGAAGUGGCCCACCGGGCUCGCGGCGAGCCCAAACCCCUGGAGCAUGCUGCACGUGGCCGGGCUUGCGGCGAACAACGACAUGCGGCUGCUGCUGCGCCGGCUGCGGAACAAGGCCGGCCGCGGGCGCCGCAUCUCCAACCGCGAGGUAGCCACGGCCCUCGCAGACAUCCCGUUCGUGCUCGACUACUGGAAGGACAAUGGGGUUCUCAAGUAUAGCAUCCUCGUCAUCAACGAAGAGGCGCAGUCGCUGGGACGGAGCGGCGGCAGGCCCGCUACCUACGGGGCGGCGGUGGUGGCGAGGGGGGCCAACGCGGCGCCCUUCUUCGUCCUCACGUGGGCGGGCCGGGUCCUCUUCCUCGGGCUACUGUGCGCCGUCCUGAUCGGGCUCAUGGUGUACAAUAUCGUGGGCGAGGGCGUCGGGUACAUCGAGUUCAUGAUGGGGCGGUGGCGUAUCCUACGGGUAAGUUGCACUGCCGGUACGACAUCGGGAGAUGGUGCUCCUGCUAACGAACGCCGGACAGCCGUCGCGUUCAUCAGCCCUUACAGGCUACUCAGACGCAGCGGCCUCUUUAAGGGGAAUAUUAUCCACAUGACGCCUCCCACAAACCCCUUUAGCGGCAUACGGUCCUCGCUGGCGCCCGGACAGCGAGACAUUUACGCUGGGAUCGUGGCCGCCACCGCGGUUCUAUCUGAGAUUCUCCCCGUGCUCCUCAGCACCGCGCUGGAUAAGUGCACAGAGAGCUUCGUGGCCCACGAGGUGUGUUCCUGGAUGGCGGUGGGUGUCUUGAGCAUCAUGAUAUUGGCAGUUGCCGGCUCCUUCUUCGUCGUCUGGCCGCAUAUGCCCAUCGACCCGAGCACGUUGGCGGGGGCAAUGUACUACGUGACAGACCCGACGACGGUAAGCGUUUUGUCUAUGAGCCCAUCCUCGGGGCUUUUGUUUGGUAGGGCGAGUCCGGGUACGGUUUCCGGGGUUUAGAGGGCGGCGUGAAUAGGGGCAAAACAUACAUACCCAGGAUCGGCGUUUGCGGGAUGUAUUUUCGGGGACACUAUUUUGAUACUAUAGAAACUUUCCAC